GUUUGUUUUAAUUGGGUCUUCUACAUAUAGGCCUCGUGCAGUCGGAUGAUCGACUCCUCCGGUUUCCCCUGAACCUCCGACGGAACCCAUUUCACUUAUCAUCGAUAGUCACGUGUACUCAGCAGCCUCGACUCAGUUCGAGUUCUCCAUCCUUGCAGCUCUGAACUCGCUGACAGGUCGGGUUAUCAUCGAUUGAGAGAAGUAACUGAGUGUUAGCGAAGGCACAAGCGAUGGAUGGUUCCUCUCUUAUCGGAUGAACCACCAGACCCUCAACAUGGCGGCCGAUACCAGUCCUUCACGGCCGAUGGACGCCUGUCCAUCGUCGUCCAGGGCACCACCAAUAACACCUCACAGUGUCAGAGAAGACGGAUACGAACGCUACUACGAAGACGUCUAUAUGGAUAUUGAAAUGGAACGAUAUACCCGAGCCACUGCGCGAAGUUUCACGCCCCGAUCUCUUAUCGCCGGAAUCAUCAUCGGAGCCUUGAUUACCUUCUCGAACACCUACUUUGGUCUACAGACGGGAUGGAUUAGUACAAUGGCUAUGCCGUCAGCCUUGAUUGGAUUCUCGGUUUUCAAGGUGUUAUCGAAAUACUUGUCGUACCCCUUCACACCGAUCGAGAACGUCCUUAUCCAGACUGUGGCGGGAGCGGUGGGAACAAUGCCAUUGGGAUGCGGUUUCGUGGGUGUCAUUCCGGCCUUAGAGUUUCUCCUUAAAGAUGGACCUGAUGGUCCUGCUGGAGAUGGAGGUGAGGGAGAGGGCGGCCCUCUGAGACUAGGUUUCGGGAAAUUGGUCCUUUGGAGUCUUGGAGUUUGCUUGUUUGGAGUGGUCUUUGCGGUUCCAUUGAGGAAAGAGGUUAUUGUGAGGGAGAAGUUGAAAUUUCCUAGUGGAACUGCGUCGGCAUUGAUGCUUAGGGUGCUGCAUCGGAGUGGACAGAGCGAUAGGAAAGCAAAGACACGGGCUAGGCAUUCUGCUGAAGUCCAGCGGGAUGAAGAGGAGGAUGAGGUUCUUGCCGCGCCGUAUGAAUCUGGGGAGAGUGGCUCUCUAUUAAGAAAAAAUCAUGGAGACGAUGGUGGGAAAGACUGGAGAUCGAAGAUGCGACUUUUGGUUGGCGCUUUCGCAUUCUCUGGUGUUUACACUCUCUUUUCCUACUUUGUACCCCAAGUCCGUGAUAUUCCAAUCCUUGGCCUCUUCCUUGCACAGAACUGGCGCUGGACGUUGAACCCGUCCCCGGCAUAUAUUGGGCAAGGAAUCAUCAUGGGACCGUCUACUUGCAUGCACAUGCUCUUUGGAGCGAUGCUCGGUUGGGGUGUCCUAUCCCCGCUGGCAAAGUCGCGUGGCUGGGCUACAGGGCCUGUAGGCGAUUGGCAAACAGGGAGCAAAGGAUGGAUCGUGUGGAUCUCUUUGGCCAUCAUGCUUGCUGAUUCAAUCGUCAGCUUGGGAUGGCUAGUGCUGAAACCUCUGAUGGCACAUGCACCCCAGAUCAAGGCUGGAAUACUCACCAGUCGCUUUGGACAGUUGUUGGUGAAGCCAGACAAACCCCAACAACGUUCCCAUGUCAGUUAUGCUGCGCUGAGCCCUAUCACAGAGGUAUCGACUCCUGUGUCUCACCAAAGUCCGCCAAUCGAUCAUCAAGCCGAUGAAGAUGCUCCACCCUCUCAACUUAUCUCUACGCGGACUGUGGUCGUCUUGCUGCCGUUGACGCUAAUUCUAAAUGUCAUUUGCAUGCACUUUGUCUUUGGUGAUGUCAUUUCCCCGAUGCUAUCCAGUCUUGCCACCCUGCUUGCCGUGCUGUUGUCGAUCAUGGGAGUCCGCGCCUUAGGAGAGACAGACCUCAACCCUGUGUCUGGGAUAAGCAAGUUAACUCAGGUGAUCUUCUCCGUCGCAACACCCGCCGGGCAAUUCUCCCGCCGCACUGCGCUAGUAACCAACCUCCUCGCUGGAGCGGUAUCCGAGUCCGGCGCCCUCCAAGCCGGAGACAUGAUGCAAGACCUAAAAACAGGCCACCUCCUCGGCGCAAGUCCCAAAGCCCAAUUUUAUGGGCAAAUGAUCGGCAGUCUAAUCGGCGCAGUCCUUUCAACUGCCGUCUACAAAAUGUACGUAAACGUCUACGAAGUCCCAGGCCCGAUGUUCCAAACCCCAACAGCCUAUACCUGGGUCAUGACCGCCCGUCUCGUGACAGGUCAAGGUCUACCCCCGAUGGCAUGGCAAGCGUCCAUCCUCGCCGGUAUUGCUUUCAUUGCAAUAACCAUCCUUCGCAUCGUCGGCGCCUCACCCAUCGCAAAUAACGGCCAACACGGCAUCACCGCACCAUGGCGCGCAUGGAUCCCCGGCGGCAUCGCCGUCGCAGUAGGAAUGUUCAACGAGCCUUCCUUCACACUCGCCCGAGCAAUCGGCGGCCUAAUCGCAUGGUGGUGGGCGCGAAAACACGCGUCAACUAACAAAACCAAAGACCGGAGAUUUGAAUUCGAGCCUCCUACGCAAGCUGCCACCUCUGCUCACGAUGGACCUAGUCAUGGAUAUCAUCCGUCGAUGCUUCUUGGACCGCCUCACAUGGUUGAUGGACGGUCUGCAGAACAGACGGCCGAGGAGGCGGAUGCGGUGUCGUCGACGGUGGUGGUUUUGGCUUCGGGGUUAAUUCUGGGAGAGGGGAUUAUUAGUAUUGUUAAUUUGCUGCUGGCGAGUGGUGGUGUUCCGCACCUGUAAGCAUUUAUACAUAUUCUGGUAAAUAGGGUAUCAUGUCACUGCAAAGACAUGUUAAACUGCAUAGUACAAAAGACCAUCAAUAUCCAUGUACAUCAACCUCAAAUCUCACUCUUCUGGAAAGACAAUGUCUCCAAAUCCGGCAACUCAAACCGAAACCUCACAUUCUCAACAUCCAUCCCCUCUACAAACUCCGGAUACCGCUGAAUAAAUUCCGUCGUCAGCCCCCACCCACUCUCCCUCAUAAACACCUCCAUAAACUCCAGUCUCACCUGAAACCUAUCC